AUGUUGGGCUUGAGGAUGGACUUCAGCAUGCUCCUGGAGCCUCUGGGCUUUGUUAAGGUCCUUGAAUGGGUUCUUGCCAUCUUUGCUUUUACCACAUGUGGAGGCUUUCAAGGUGAAACUGCUCUUUUAGUUUCCUGUGAAGGUGUGGUAAACAAAACAAUUACAGCUUCUUUUACUUACCCAUUUAGGUUGAAUACUGUUGUAUUUAGUGCACCAGACCCAAAAGGCUGUGGUGGUACUUGGACUGAUGUUUACCUCAUGGGCAACUUCUCCUCUUCUGCACAGUUCUUUGUUACACUGGCAGCGUUGGUGUUCCUCUACUGUAUUACUGCCCUUGUGGUUUAUAUCGGAUAUAACCAUGUGUAUCAGCAAAAUAACAAAUUUCCACUAACUGACUUGGCAAUCAGUGUCUUGACAGCCUUUUUGUGGCUGGUCAGUACUUUUGUUUGGGCAAAGGCGCUUGCUGGCAUCAAAGUGUCCACAGGAGCCAGCAUUAUUCCAGGAAUUGACUCUUGCAAAGCACCAGGAACAACUUGCCAUUUUCUUUCUGUGACCAACAUGGGAGUUCUGAAUGUGUCUGUGGUGUUUGGCUUGCUUAAUAUGAUUUUAUGGGCAGGAAAUGCUUGGCUGAUAUACAAGGACACCAACUUGCACAACCAAUGGAAGAGAAUUUCUGAAAGUCCAACUGAAAGGGUUUAA